UUACAGAUCAAAGAAUAUGAAAAGCUGGACACAGAAGAAGAAAGACUUAAAAAGGCGAGACAAAUAUACGACAAAUACAUCAUGAAAGAACUCUUAUCCUGCUCUCAUCCAUUUUCCAAGAAAGCAGUUGAACAUGUACAGUCCAAGCUCACAAAGAGAGAAGUUCCAACUACUUUAUUUGAGCUAUAUAUUGAAGAAAUUUGCAACUCUCUUCGAGGAGAGAUUUUUAAUAAAUUUGUACAAAGUGAAAAAUUUACAAGGUUUUGUCAAUGGAAAAAUGUAGAAUUGAAUAUUAAUUUAACAAUGAAUGACUUCAGUGUACAUAGAAUCAUAGGAAGGGGUGGAUUCGGUGAAGUAUAUGGCUGCAGGAAAGCUGAUACGGGCAAAAUGUAUGCAAUGAAGUGUCUUGACAAAAAGAGAAUCAAAAUGAAGCAAGGAGAAACACUAGCACUCAAUGAGCGAAUAAUGUUGUCCCUAGUUAGCGAGGUGGACAGUCCUUUCAUAGUAUGUAUGACAUACGCCUUCCAAACACCAGAGAAGCUGUGUUUCAUAUUGGAUUUGAUGAAUGGUGGGGAUCUUCAUUAUCAUCUGUCGCAACACGGAGUGUUUUCAGAAAAACAAGUGCAAUUCUAUGCUGCAGAAAUCAUCCUGGGCUUAGAGCACAUGCACAACAGAUUUGUAGUGUAUCGGGACCUAAAACCUGCCAAUAUCCUAUUAGAUGAACAUGGCCAUGUCCGAAUCUCAGAUUUAGGACUCGCAUGUGACUUCUCAAAGAAGAAACCACAUGCAAGUGUUGGAACUCACGGUUACAUGGCGCCCGAGGUGCUUUCGAAAGGAACAGCGUAUGAUUCUAGUGCGGAUUGGUUUUCAUUUGGAUGUAUGCUUUAUAAAUUAUUAAAAGGUCACAGCCCUUUCAGGCAGCACAAGACGAAGGACAAACAUGAAAUUGACAGAAUGACGUUGACAAUGGAUGUAGAAUUUCCUGACUCUAUGUCGCAAGAAAUGAGGGGUUUGUUAGAAGGGUUGCUUAGAAGGGAUGUACCUGAAAGACUGGGUUGUCGGGGAAGGGGGGCAAGUGAAGUAAAAGAACAUCCAUUUUUCAAAGGUAUUGACUGGCAACAAGUACACUUACAAAAGUAUCCUCCACCAUUGAUCCCUCCCCGAGGGGAAGUGAAUGCUGCUGAUGCCUUUGAUAUUGGUUCAUUUGAUGAGGAGGAUACAAAGGGUAUAAAGCUUACAGAGGCUGAUCAAGAACUUUACAAAAAUUUCCCACUGGUGAUAUCUGAAAGAUGGCAACAAGAAAUUGCGGAGACUGUGUAUGAAGCCAUUAAUCAUGCUACAGACACUGCUGAAGCUAAAAAGAAGUCAAAGAAAAACAUGCAACCUGACGAGGGAGAAUAUGCAUUGGGUAAAGAUUGUAUUAUGCAUGGGCAAAUGCUAAAAUUAGGAGGUCCAUUCUUGACUGCAUGGCAAAAGAGGUAUUUCUAUCUUUUUCCAAAUCGGUUGGAAUGGCAAGGAGAAGGAGAAAAGGGGAAUAUUUUAACAAUGGAGCAAGUGAUGUCCGUGGAUGAGACCACGAUAAAAAGCUUCAAAUGCAUUCAGUUAAAGGUGAAAGGAGGGAAACAAUUUGUGCUUAGGACAGAGAGUGAUCCUGAAUUUGUUCAGUGGUUUAAAGAGAUCAAAGAAGCAUUCUUAGAAGCCCAGCGUAUGCUUAGAAGAGGUCCAAAAAUGUUAGCUACACAAGGUUCGUCUUCUGAUAUCAUGAAAAACUCCAUGGCUAUCAGAAAUAGUAAUGGCAAUUAACACGCUGUACAACUGCUUAACAUAACACAGUGCUUAAACUUCUCCUCAAAGAUUAACAAUCCUUGUGUGUUCAUUUUGGCUAACAUCAACCAACCAACCAACCAAUCAACUAGCCAUGAGUGCACCUUCAGUUAUGCUGCAGCUAUCAAUGAACAAGUCACAGUCUGCAGUGUCUGCAUGGAAGUGUGUGUAGCUUAAAUAAACGUAUCCACCAAUGGUAACAGACAUUUAAUAAAACCAAUUUAAAUAUAAAAAAAGACACACUAAAAAAUCACGGAAGAGGUUUUCCUGUAGAGAAUACUGCUGUAAAAUAAAAUAGAACAAUUGAUAGGGUGGCGUUGGUAGUAACCAUGACAACCAACCGUGUUCAUAAUGUGUGAACAUUGCAUUUAGUGGUCAAAGAUCAAAGUUUGAAAUUUCAAAUAAUUUUUUUUCACAGUAUUUUAAAUUAUUAGAUAACAAUUUUAAGUUAGUGAAAAAUUCCUGCAUGUAAACAUUGAAUACUUCUGGUAAGAAUUUGUUGCCGUUUACACUGCCUUUUGAAGUUUUUUUUUUUUUGUUUCUGUUUUUUUGAAUAAUUAUGUGUAGCCAGUUGGUUUCUAUACUCAGUGCAAUAUUGCCAUGCACUCUGUACCUAGGGCUCUGUAUA